GUCUUUCAUCUCGGCGAGAUCUCGUCGCGAUCUCAGAGAAAUUACAAAUCUCACCCAGUUCUUGGCGAGAUCUCGUUUAUCUCGCAGAAAUCUCUUUCAUAUCGGCGAGAUCUCGUUUGUCUUGCAGAAAUAUCUUUCAUCUCACGCGAGUCUCGGCGAGAUCUCGACAGUAUCUCGCCCGAGAUCCCUUUCAUCUCGUGCCGAUCUCAGCUGAUCUCAGAGACAUCACAAAUCUCGCCGAGUUCUUGACGAGAUCUCGGCGAGAUCUCGUUUGUCUCGCCGCGAUCUCAGAGACAUUACGAAUUUCGCCGAGUUCUCGUCGAGAUUUCGUUAAUCUCAACGAGAUCAGUUUCAUCUCAGCGAGAUCUCGUUGCGAUCUCAGAGACAUUACAAAUCUCCCCGAGAUCUCGUCGAGGUCAACGCGAUCUCGACUC